GGCCUCCUACAGCGUCUCCGGCUGACGCGAAUGACGCUGCGCCAGUCAGGCCGCAGCCCCGCUGCUUGGCCCGUCGGGCCCGCCUUGGCCGGCUCGGCCCGCCCCCGGCCCUCCCUGCACGGCCUCCCGUGCGCCCCUGUCAGACUGUGGCGGCCGGUCGCGCGGUGCGCUCUCCCUCCCUGCCCGCAGCCUGGAGAGGCGCUUCGUGCUGCACACCCCCGCGUUCCUGCCGGCACCGCGCCUGCCCUCUGCCGCGCUCCGCCCUGCCGCCGACCGCACGCCCGCCGCGGGACAUGGCACACGCACCGGCACGCUGCCCCAGCGCCCGGGGCUCCGGGGACGGCGAGAUGGGCAAGCCCAGGAACGUGGCGCUCAUCACCGGUAUCACAGGCCAGGAUGGUUCCUACCUGGCUGAGUUCCUGCUGGAGAAAGGCUAUGAGGUCCAUGGAAUUGUACGGCGGUCCAGUUCAUUUAAUACGGGUCGAAUUGAGCAUCUGUAUAAGAAUCCCCAGGCUCACAUUGAAGGAAACAUGAAGUUGCACUAUGGCGAUCUCACUGACAGUACCUGCCUUGUGAAGAUCAUUAAUGAAGUAAAGCCCACAGAGAUCUACAACCUUGGAGCCCAGAGCCACGUCAAAAUUUCCUUUGACCUCGCUGAGUACACUGCGGACGUUGACGGAGUUGGCACUCUACGACUUCUAGAUGCAGUUAAGACUUGUGGCCUUAUCAACUCUGUGAAGUUCUACCAAGCCUCAACAAGUGAACUUUAUGGGAAAGUGCAGGAAAUACCCCAGAAGGAGACCACCCCUUUCUAUCCCCGGUCACCCUAUGGGGCAGCAAAACUCUAUGCCUAUUGGAUUGUGGUGAACUUCCGUGAGGCGUAUAAUCUCUUUGCAGUGAAUGGCAUUCUCUUCAAUCAUGAGAGUCCCAGAAGAGGAGCUAAUUUCGUUACUCGAAAAAUUAGCCGGUCAGUAGCUAAGAUUUACCUUGGACAACUGGAAUGUUUCAGUUUGGGAAAUCUGGAUGCCAAACGAGAUUGGGGCCAUGCCAAGGACUAUGUGGAGGCUAUGUGGUUGAUGUUGCAGAAUGACGAGCCGGAGGACUUCGUGAUAGCUACUGGGGAGGUCCAUAGUGUCCGGGAAUUUGUGGAGAAAUCAUUCUUGCACAUUGGAAAAACCAUUGUGUGGGAAGGAAAGAAUGAAAAUGAAGUGGGCAGAUGCAAAGAGACCGGCAAAGUUCACGUGACUGUGGAUCUCAAGUACUACCGGCCAACUGAAGUGGUUGUCUGUUCACUCUGAUGGGGACUCAGGAAUAAGACUGCACGUCUACAACCAUCUGAUCUUCAACAGACCUGACAAAAACAAACAAUGGGGAAAGGAUUCCCUAUUUUGUAAAGUAUUGGGAGAACUGGCUAGCUGUAUGCAAAAAAUUGAAACUUGACCCCUUCCUUACACCUUACACAGAAAUUAACUCAAGAUGGAUUAAAGACUUACAUGUAAAAUCUCAAACUAUAAAACCCUAGAAGAAAAUCUAGGCAAUACCAUACAUAGGCACGGGCAAAGAUUUCAUGACAAAAACGUCAAAAGCAGUUGCAACAAAAGCAAAAAUUGACAAAUGGGAUCUAAUUAAACUAAAGAGCUUUUGCACAGCAAAAGAUGUUUUCUUUAAAACAAAUGAUGCUCAAAUUAUUUGUAUACGUAAAUGGGUGCCCAGUUUUUUGUGGGUUGGUUUGUUUGUUAUUGUUAUUUUUGAGACAAGGUCUUACUCUGUCUCCCAGGCUGGAGUGCAGUGAUGUGAUCUCGGUUCACUACAGCCUCCGCCUCCCGGGUUCAAGAGAUUCUCCUGCCUUAGCCUCCCUAGUAGGUGGGAGUACAGAUGGGUACCCAGUUUUAUUUUGAUUAAUGAAAGCAAUCUUAUUAAUCAGUGGUCAUGCUUUAUAUGUUAUCUACAUAUAUUUCAACUUGUUUUCUAUGCUGUUGUAAGCCAGUGUGAAUACUCAUUUAUGAUUAAUCCAGGUAUGCUCCUCUUGACCUAAGGAAAUCACGCAUCUUCACUUUAUUACAAUUUUUCAGAAGACCUUUAUGAGGUGAUCAUUUGCUAGACAUUACAGUAUAUUAAUCCUGUGCCAAGGUGACCGUUGAAUUAGAAUUGUAGACAAUGUUGUUGGACAAAAAUCCUGGGAAGAUAAAUAGUUGCAGGACAGAAAAGCAAUAAGAAGGAGAUUUGUGUGUCAGUGAGGGAUGGGCUCAACCCUGAAUUUUCAAGUUUACUUAGGGUUGCCAGGAACAUAUUUACUCCUAAUAUCCAUUGUCUUAUACCAGAAGAUACAAAUGUAUCUGAUUCAAAGAGGUGGUGUCAUUUCUAACAUUAUAUCUCUAUUUCAAUUCCACACUGCUUGUUAUUCAGGGGGAGUGUCCUACCUUGCUACAUUGCUAGAUGACAUUACUCAUGAGACAGAUCAUUCAAAGAAUGAAAAGUUACUUUAUAAUGCUAGUGAAAGCUUUCAAGUAUUCAUUGUGAGGUAGGCCUACACUUGGGUAAUUUUAUGGGCUCUCUUGACUCAUGUUUGCAGUACUGGGUGUGGAGCAGUCCGAUGAAGAGGAAGAGAGAAGUGGUUGCAGAAUCCUUCCCUGAUUGUAUUCUACCAAGUUUGAAGUAUGGAAUCCCACACAGGCCAUUCCUCCUGCAACUCUACCAUGGUUAAAAAUAUAUAUCUGACACAACCACCACCUCAGCUUGAUUUAAUAAAAAUAACUUUGUGUCUGUCCAUGUAAAAGGUCACUGGUGCUUAUUAUGGCCCAAAGGUUAUCGUUUCAGAGCAUCAUUUUUCAAUGCAACCCUCAUAGCAAGAACAUGUUAUAAGAAAGUAACCUCUACAGUAAUGAUCAUCCACAUCUGCAUUCUCUAAUGUCAGUUUUAAGUGAGUUUUAGGGAAAAUGGCUGAUGUUGAAGUGCUAUCAUUUAUUUCCCUUCCAAAACUUGCAGGAAUAUGUAGAGAGCUGACUUUAAAAAAAUAAAAUAAACUCACAUUCCUCAAACAGAAGCUGGCAAUUGGAAAAGGCAGUACCCCCAAAAUCUGCAUAUACCUCAGAAGUGUUAGCUGGCUAUCUUUAUAUAAUAGCUACUGUAUCCCAUCUUGGUGCCUCUAAUGAAGACCAUUACAGAAAUAUGUUUAACAUAAAUUAAACUCUACAUGGGAGUAUUAAGUCCCCAGGCAAAUUCUUUCUUUUUGGCUGGUAUUUAAGAUAAAGACCUCAUGAGAGCUGCAGUGGAUUUGUGGCUCAAUAGCUAAAUAUAUGCUUUGAAGAGCGUGGAGAGGUUUCAGAGGAGAAUCACGGAGAGGAUGUAAUGUAGAAACACACACAGACUUUAGAAGGUGGAGGGAACUGGAGUUGCUUGAUUGCUGGAAGCAGAUCCAAGUAGGAGGAAGAAAAAGAGGUAGACCAGCUUGUAUUCCACACAGCACGCUCCACGUGCGUGACCAUAGCAAGGUGCGGGGUUUCCACGAGCCGUCGUUCAUCUGUGUAAUGGGGGCAAAUGCCCACACUUGAGAGUUUCUGAGACUAGUAGAGAAAAUAUGCUUGACACUUAGUAGGUGCUCAGCAAAUGCUGGUAUUCUUUUUGCUGAAACCCCAAAGCAUCAGAGUCAGCAUUGACUCCCCUCCCUCUCUCACACCCCACAACUUAUCCAUCAGCGAACUGUUCACUCACUCUCCUUCGGAAAUCAACCCAGAAUCCAGCUGUGUCUCACCAGCCUCCCAAGCCCCGCUAAACAAAGCCGCCAUCCUCUCUGCUGUGGAUUUAACAGCCUCACGGCCUCCAUUCUUGCCCUCCUACAGCCCAUUGUGAAGAUAGUGGCACUUUUUACAUAAGUGAGACCACAUUACCUCUCAUUCAGAACCCACCUGUGGCUUUACAGCUCUCUCAGUGGAAUUCCAGGUCCUUCCCGCAGCUUACAGUGUUCUCCAUGACCUGCCCCGCCCCAACCUCACCCCACUUAGCUCCUGCCCUCUUACCCCCAUGCCCUCUCUCCAACCACACUGACCCUUCAGCUUCACCUUGGGGCACUGACACCUGCUCCUCCCCCAGAAAGUUAGAGGGCAGGGCUGCUCCCCACACUCUUUCAGUCUCUGCAUCAGAGAAGCCUCCAUGACUUCUCUGAACCCCCCUCACGUUCUUCACCUGCCUCUUUGUGUCUCUCCUCCCGCUAGAAUGGAAGCUGCAUGGCUAAGGGCCCUGUCCAUUGUGCUGGCAACUCUCUCCCUAGUGUCAAGGACAGUGCCUGGAACACAGGAGCUUGCUGAUGGCCUGCUGAGUGGAGGAGUUAGUAUUGGCCCUGGAAUCCAAUGGGAAGCGUUCUGGGCUGAAAUUCAGAACACCUGGGGCCUGAAUGCAGCUCCUGACCUUGAUACCUACCACCUGUCUGAUCUUAGGCAAGACCUUGACCUAGAACAUUGGCCUCAUCCUCCUCCCCUGGAGGUUGGAGGCCUGGGCCACUUCCAGGUCUGAAACCCAACCAGCCCGUGAAGUGCGGGAGAGUCUAGGUAGCAGGUGCUGUUCACGUCCUUCCUGAUGUUCAAGCCUUGGGGGUGUUGCUGGAGUUGAACAGGAGCUCUUUCGUUUCUGUUAUGGGAGUUUUUUUGUCAGUGAGAAGGUUCGUGAACCUUGAAGGGGUUACUGAUGUAGGUAAGGACAUCUCUGGGGCCUGACAAACGGGGUGGCGCCUCUUGUCCUGGAAAAUAUUAUAGUUGUGAUUUUGCCUAAAACUGAGGAUGGAGUUCCAGUCCUACUUGUGAUUUUAAACAUUUGUAUCUUCCUUUAAGUAAAUAUUAUUUGGGAUGCAGGAAAUGAAGUUUUGGAAUAUUUCAACAGAUGGCGCUGCUGGUAGCUAUAAUCUGACGAUAAAAAUUAAAUUUAAUCCUUACUAAUUUCAGUAAUUUCAUUUAAAAAAAUUGUAUUGCCUCCAAGGAUAACACAUUAGUUUGUUUAGUCCUUUAUCUUACCAGUACCUCAGAGUGGAUGGUUUUAACCCUUUUAUAAAGCAUUGCCAGCCCUGCAACCUGGGCAGCUCAAUUUCAGAGGUUGCUGCGUUAAUGUACUGUGCACUGUGACUCAGUGCUGUCAUAGAAAAUGUGCCAAAAUGCUUUACUCAGAGGGAAAGAUGGUUUGCAUAUAAGUACAUUCCAUUAUGGCUUAUGCCAUAAAUACAAGCCAACCCGGCGGGGGGGGGGUCUAUUUAGAUCCUUUAAAUAGAUGCAAAUAUUUUCUUAAAUGGUUAUACAAAGACAAAUACUGUGACUAAUCAGUGGACACAGAGAAAGAUGCGUGCUUGCUAGAGUCUAAGGAGAAAAUGUUUUGCAGAGAAUGAUGGCCAAAGUGUCAGAGAUCCCAGUGACACUCACUCAUCAGCUUCCCCCCACACCCUCUCCAACCAUUUCCAGCUGGUCUUCCAGCAAGACCAUUUUAAUUAUGCAGCCAUGCACUUGCUUCUGGGUGUGGUUUCCCUGAUUGCAUACGUAAGUGCAGAUUACAAAUAUUUGGCAGGAUUCCUUCCUCUGUGGGAACCAGACAAGUCAUAACAGCAACUGAACGCUCUACAGUGUUGUGCGGGAAAGAGGCCGCGUCAUCUCGGGUUUCAGAGUGCAGAGCAGGAGAAACUGGCUUCAGUUCUGCUCCUCUCUCACAGCCACAUGCCCCCAACCAGGAAAGGGUCUGUAAUGAGGGCUACAGACUUCGCUUCUUCUGCCACCACUGUAACCAGACCCACGGCCAAAAAGAACCAGCCAGGAAGCCCAAAGUGGAGCGACUUCUUGUCUCAGAAAAUGACUCCACGGCCUGUGCUUUAUGGCAUGAUCACCCAGAAUGCUAGAGAGAAAUUAAGAUUCGGGCAUGCACGGCUAUGCCAAAGGAGGACUUCACCAGGGGAUAUUCAGGAAUUCACUGAUAAGCUUAAGAAGAUUUUUGCAAUUGUUAGCUCUUAAAAUCAUUUUUAAUUAGUGAAGCCGAGAAAUGCUGAGUGAAACAGCCAUACUUUUCCCCAACUUGAUUGGGAAAAUCUCCAUCCUGUGCCCCUCCAUUCCUUCCCAUCCUUCCUCUUCACUCCGUUUUUCCUGGUAAAUGUUAUGGCCACGUUCUGAGCAACCAACCUCCCUGUGCUCUGUGCGGCCAGCUUGGAACUGCAGGUGGGGGAGGAUGGACACCCAUUUCCUGUCUCCCAAUCUGGGAAUCCAUGGGCAUAAAUCUGCAAACGCUGGCAUAGUCAUUGUUGGCAUGAAGGGAGACGAGGAAUAUAUUGUCAGCAGGCCUUUGAAUUUCAUUUUCAGAUUGAACAGUUUUUUUUUAAUAAAAAAAAACCCCUUACUAAAGUCACUUAGCAAACAAAGAGCUAUACUGUUUGCAUCAUUGAAAACAGAAGAGCAAUAACAGUGCCAGAUACUCCUCUGUUACUUUGUUUGUUUGUUGUUUUUUGUUUUUGAGAUGGAGUCUCGCUCUGUCACCCAGGCUGGAGUGCAGUGGCGCGAUCUCGGCUCCGGCCUCAGCCUCCCAAGUAGCUUGGAUUACAGGCAUGUACCACCACACUGGGCUAAUUUUUUUGGUGUUUAUAGUAGAGACGGGGGUCUCACCAUGUUGACCAGGCUGAUCUCGAACUCUUGACCUCAAGUGAUCUGCCCACCUCGGCCUCCCAAAGUGCUAGGAUUACAGGCAUGAGCCACCGCACUCAGCCUCCUCUAUUACUUUUUAAUUCAAGUGUCUCAGGGUGCUUUACAAGUGUUGAUUAAGUCUACCUUUUUUUUUUUAAGGUGGGUAAGUAGUUAAAAAAAAAAGAGUCGGGAGAGGGAGGGAGCAGUUUUGUGUCACAGUAUUUGAAGGAGAAAAGCCUGACAUCAUUGUGGCUUCAGUGGCAGGCACAGGUUGAUAAUUCUAAUUCUAAAUGGCAACUAACAGGAAGAGGAUGAAUAAUUUACUGUGUAUAUUUACUUGGUGCCAGGUGCUGGACUCCAUUUAACCCCCAGCUUUAAUGAGGUAUAAUUUAUUUAAAAUAAAAAUCACCCACUAAGGGUGUACAUUUGAUGAGUUUUGGCCAUAUACAGUUGUGUAACCAUCACCACAGCCAAGACAGGACCAUCUCCAGCCCCAGCAAAAAGCUCGCUCCUCCCGCUUUGUAGUCAGUCCUGCCGCCAACACCGCCCCUUUUCUGGUCACUGUAAGUUUAGAAUGUUGUGUAAAUGGAAUCCUUCAGUAUGUGUCUUCUGUGCUGGCCUUCCUUUACCUGGCACAAUGUCAUUGAGAUUUACCAUGUUCCCCGGUGUGUCUGUUCGUUCCUUUUCAUUCAUUUCAUAGUCUUCGUUCGUGUGGAUGCAGUGCCGCACAGCCGUUCACCUGAAGCUCAUUUGGGUUGUUUCCUCUGGGGAUGAUAUGAAUGUUGCUGCUGUGAACAUUUGCAUUCCCGGUUUGUGUGGACAUGUGUUUUUAUUGCUCUGGUUACAUACGUUUGAGUGAGCCCACGGUUCAUCUGGGAAGUAUGUCUGUGGCCAGGCUCAGGCUGUUUUCCACAACGGCUCUGCCCUGUUGCAUUCCCACCAGCAACACGGGAGACUUCCAGCCGCCCCACAUCCUGGUGUUUCCAUACGACUUCAGCGGAUGCUCACACAGCACGGUGAAGUCGCUACUUCUGUGACUCCCACUUCACCAAGGAGGAAGCUGAGGCCUGAAGAGAGUGAGUGGUGUAAAAUACAAAAAAAAUAGCUGAUAGAGGGCGGAUCCAGGCCUCCCGAUGGCAAACCCCACCCUCAUAGCUGAUAGAGGGUGGAUCCAGGCUUCCCGAUGGCAAAACCCACCCUCAUAGCUGAUAGAGGGCAGAUCCAGGCCUCCCGAUGGCAAAACCCACCCUCAUAGCUGAUAGAGGGCAGAUCCAGGCCUCCCGAUGGCAAAACCCACCCUCAUAGCUGAUAGAGGGCGGAUCCAGGCCUCCCGAUUGCAAAACCCACCCUCAUAGCUGAUAGAGGGCGGAUCCAGGCCUCCCGAUUGCAAAACCCACCCUCUUUCUAUUACAGUAUAAAAUGUGUUAUGCUUCAACUUAGAAAAACUUCUGUUCAUAACCUAGAGGACAUUAGGACAGGUGCAGUGUGAUUACCUGAAUGUCAGAAGCCAAGAGCCUACUACUUCAUCUCACGAGUUAUGAAAAGUUGAACGUGUCCAAGGGAACUUUCUAAAUUAACUAAAAAUCAAGUUUAGGAAAAACACAAGUGAGACAAAAGCACCUCUCAUGUCUAAAGGUUUUUCCCCCAAAUGCGUGUAUCGUGUCAUUUCUAUGUAAUAACCGAUCCUCAUCCUUGAAAGCCAUGAGGGCAGUGGUCACAUCCUAUUUGCUAAAGGUGGGAGAAGAUGGUGCAUCAGACCUGGGAUUCCUGGCCCUCUCACAUGUUUCCCACCAGAGUUUCUUGGGUUAAACUAAUUUCUCCGUUAUGACAGGGCUUGAGGCAGAUAUCCUAAGACCUUUAAAACUAGAGCCAUCCAGGCCGGGCGUGGUGGCUCACGCCUGUAAUCCCAGCACUUUGGGAGGCCGAGGCGGACAAAUCACGAGGUCAGGAGAUCGAGACCAUCCUGGCUAACGUGGUGAAACCCCAUCUCUACUAAAAAUACAAAAAACUAGCCGGGCGUGGUGGCGGGCGCCUGUAGUCCCAGCUACUCAGGAGGCUGAGGCAGGAGAAUGGUGUGAACCCGGGAGGCGGAGCUUGCAGUGAGCCGAGAUUGCACCACUGCACUCCAGCCUGGGCAACAGAGGAAGACUCUGACUCAAAAAACAAACAAAAAAAACCUAGAGCCAUCCCUGGAGUAAAAUGUGUGCUGUAGGAGCCAGUCCCAAAGAGACAGGAUGUCGACGUCGGCAUAGUGAGACUCCCACGUGCUCACCCACGUGCGUGGUUUUACCCCGUCUCCAUGACCCAGCCACGGGUCUUAUAUUGGGGGCUUCUAGGACCAACUAGGCCAGUAGAAGUGCUUUCUUUAAUUGAAUUAAAAUGUCGGCAAAUUUCACCCAAAUAUCCAGAUUUCCCUUUCUAAAAAAAUGAAAGGCCAUCAGCACUGGGGCAGAUUCCUCACUGACUGGCCUGCCCGCCUGCCUGGCCUAGUGGGCACACAGAGUCCCCGGUUCUCCCAGUGGCAAUGGCACCAGCAUGGCCGGAGGGCACAAGCCUCAGUCUCUUUCAUGUGGGCUGACCAGAAAUGCCAGCAGUGAGGCUGAGCUUGGUAGCAGUGGAGGCCUGAGGAGGCGGGGGUUGGCAGAGGAGCUUGUUUGGGCUCAGACACUGCUGCCUCUUUCUGUCUGAAGGUGUUAUGAAGUGUACCUAUCUUUUGGGACAUAGAUUCCUUUUACUCCUUCCUUUGUAUUUGUCAUAAAAUAAAUUAUAGAAUAAAAUAAAGACGUAUCAUCAAAUUACUCAUAAUUGCAUUACUUGGGAAGGUAAAACAUAGGUAUUUAACAAACAUCAAAGUUUUGGGAGGAAAAGGCAUUUCAUAAACCUAGACAUGCGCAAUACUGAAGGCCAGGAGACUCGUAAGUGAAGGGGCCGUACCGCGGAGCCUGGUUUUCUAAAUGUAAACCUCGUAUCUUUCCAUAUUAAGAAAAAAAAAAGCCAGGCACAGUGGUUCACGCCUGUAGUCCCAACACUUUUGGAGACCAAGGCAGAUGAAUCACUUGCGCCCAAGAAUUGAGACCAGCCUGGGCAACAUAGCAAGACCUUGUCUCUAUAAGAAAUACAAAAAUUAGCCGCACACCGUGGUGCGUGCCUACAGUCCCAUCUACUCAGGAGGCUGAGAUGGGAGGAUCACCAGCGUGCAGGGAGGUCAAAACUGCAGUAAGCUGUGAUCGUGCCACUGCACUCCAGCCUUAGUGCAUUUCUGCACAGACACACUGAGUGGUGUUUUGAAAAUCAGAUUCACGGCAUUCUCUUUAGCACCUUCCAGCACUUUGUGGUGGGGGUUGCUGGUGAGAUCCCCUGGCCUCUCUGCCUGGGGCUGCCAGGGAGCUGGCGGAUGCCACUCUCCACCGGAGGCCUUCCCUGGCAGUCAUAGGCUGUUCCCACUGUGCGCCUGGGUCUACCGCCUGGUCCUCCUCACCUGGAGCCACACUGAUUUCCAUCUUGUCCUGAAUGGCAGAGCUUUCAUAAUUUCUUACAACCUCAGAUUCUGACCUCUGUAGGACCACUUUCUUCUUGAGCCAUUUUGGGACUGUAGAUGCUAGAACACAGCAGACUGAAAACGCAGUGACAUAUCCCACCAUGUAACAGAAUCUGCAGUAAGAUGUCACCCAUGGCAGCCAAGCAGAAGCUUUUAUCACAGCCCAACAAGUACCAGCGUGUCUUGGCGGCAGGGUGGCAGGACACUGUGAGGAGGCAGGUGUGUAGACACAGUCCUCUUCUGCAUUGGCACAUGCCCUGUGCUCAUCACCUCUCGGUGGGGGAGGUUGUGUGUAUAGAGGUGUGUGUAUUUGUAAGUGUGUGUAUUUGUAGGUGUACGUAUGUGUAUGAGUGUGUUGUGCACUUGUGUAUGUGUUAGAGAGCGUGUGUAUGUAUAGAGGUGUGUAUAUUUGUAAGUGUGUGUAUUUGUAGGUGUACAUAUGUGUAUGAGUGUGUUGUGCACUUGUGUAUGUGUUAGAGAGCUUGUGUAUGUAUAUUCGAUGUAUGUGAGACUAUAUUUGUGUUACUUCUUUCUUUUUAUCCUUCCUGCCAAGGAGGCAACAGUAAAUGUGAACUGUGAGAGAGAACAGACUAGUUGUUACAUUCUGUCUCACCCACUGAUGUGACUUUUCUUUAGGAAACGUCAUCCAGGAUAACCUGUCAUGAAAAGCGGCCUUUUAGGUCACUUAUAUCCAUUUCAGAAAUGGCAAGGGCUCUGGGCAUCCACCAGGCAGCAGGCUCUGGGCAUCCACCGGGCAGCAGGCCCUAUUAUAAGAAGACCCCUUUGCAGUCCUCUUUUUGGGGUUUGUUCAAUAGGGCACAUGCUGGGCAAAGGCACUUACCAGGCAAACCAUUAUGUGGCUCUGGCAGCUCAAGUGAUGCACCUGGAACAUAACGCCGUUCAUGACACUUUGCCUUUAUGAGCCCCUUUAACUGGAGGAUCUCAAAGGGCCUCAGCAGUAUGACCUUGUGUGUCCUGGCUGGGCGCCCAAGGGAGGAAGGCCAGAAGGUCCGCGCCGCUUUCCGUGUGAGAAGUCAGGUGACGGUGCCGAAUCAGAACUAACACCUGGCCUGCACUCUCAUUGGUGUGGUACUUUGGAAGGCAGAGGUAUAAGAGGAGAACUAGCAAUGUUGGCAAAUGCUGAUAGUUGGGGUCAGGAUCCCAAAACAUUUAAAUUCUGAUAGGGGUCAGGCCCCUGUUUAUUUACUGUCACUCAGCUCCCUGCCUGUCCUGUUCAUUAACCUGAUGACUUAGAGUCAUGUCUGGAUGGUUUGGAAGGUGCUACAAGGAAGCAGGUGGAUGAAGGGCACACAUCAAGAAUUCAUGGUAGCACAGAGAAAUGCCUCAUAAGUGAAGUUCACCUCUGAGGCCCGGUCUUUGAAUAUCUGGAUGCCUAUUUUCUUAGGCAGUAGAAUUUCCUCUUUGUGACCAGCUGAAAAUAUCAUCUACAAAGUGCGCGUAAUUUCAGUGUACAAGACUUAGCCUAAUGUGUGAAAUUACAGACUAGUUGAAAUUAAUGAUCAAUUUGGCAGGUAUUUGUUCAAUGUGGCUAUGGCUUAUCUAGGCUGUGACAUCCAAGAACAAUAUAUUUCAUUGUCAAUCUUUUAUUUUGUUUUCUUUCCUUUUUUUUCCUUGUCUCCAGGAGACCAAUUAAUUGUUCAAAGGUAAUAUAUAGAGAUCUCAAGAGCAUUUACUUUGGCACAGUCUCUGCCCCUUUGUGGUCUGGCUAACAAUAAAGCUAAGAUUUGUUUUGUAAUGACGGUUCCAGUUGGACUGGAAUUCCUUUGAAGUUCCUGAAGUUUGCUGUUGUGAGAGCUCAAGAUAUUAUUUGACUGCAAUAAAACACUCUCUGUGUAUUAUCAAAAUAUCGUAUACACUGAACUGUAACAACUUGCAGUAACCAGACUUCUCCUUCGAGGUGGCCUGCGUGAGUAGGGAGCAUCCACAGAGAGAUGAGCUUCUCCCUACAUCCAUUUAGUGUUCAAUCAUCACGGGCCACUCAUGGAUCUGAACCUUCUUACAAGGUCGAUACCAACAGGUAUGAGGAGCAGAGAGCAGAUCAGCACGGAGCAGCAUUAGCUGGGGCCCCCUUGCCUGGCAUGGUAGUGAAGAUAGAGCACCAUGCCAGUUGUUCAGCUUCUCAGCGCUUGCAUCAGCUGACCUAAAUUAUUUAAGGAUGUUGUCACCUCUAAAUAAAUAUAGUCAUUGUCCUGGUCUCUAUUUAUAUUUUAAAACUCUUUCCCAGCCCACCCCGAUGGCCUAAAACAAUUCAUAUACUUCAGUAGAAGAGGGUGUCACAGGGCUAUUUGCACAGGUUUGGAUCCAGUGCCAGCGUUAGCCUUCACACAAGUUACACUCCUCUGAGAUGUAACUGUCUCCUGUGUAUGAGUGCCAAAGUAUUUGAUAACCGCCAUCUGUCUGCUCUCAACACAGGUUUCACAAGCACAAUGAUGUCUUCCAUUGUGUGCGUAAUAACUGUGUGUGUGUGGAGAGAGAGGACUCUGUACGCAUGCACAUGUUUGGAGCUACAUAAAUCUGAGAAGCAGUUUUGUCUAGUGUCGUUUCAGUAAAUGGGACUCAUUUAGUCAGUUUGCUUUGCUGUCAGAAUCAUAUUCCAGGUAUCAGAAUGUGCUAUGGCAGGUGCUUGUUUAAAACAAGUAAUAAUAUCCUUGUAAUGUUUAGCAAUACAGCUGACUGGUCUGUGUUCCAUUACUUGUGUAAAAGGAAAUAUGUAAAGCUUUUAAAAAUAAGUUUAAAUGAUCAAAAGAGAUGCCUGAAAAUAUAUUUUGGCACAGGAAAUUACAGGAAUUUAUAAAUGUGUCAUAUGGAAAGAUAAUUACAAAGUUUAUUUUAAUCUUUUAUCUCUGACUGAAUCUUAAGUUAAAAUAUUCUUCCCGGCAUCCUGUCUGGUUUUUGCCACUGUCCCUGCUUUACGUGUUACCUUUCCAUGUUGAUCUGAGUUGCAUUUAGUUGAGGAGAAAAAAAAAAUAAAAGUCCAUUGAACUCACUUCUGAUUCCAGCCCAACUUGUAAGGAGCAAGGAAGUUGUCACUCAGCCCCCACAACAAGAAGAAAGCCAAACACACUGAAAAUCAGCAGCUCUUCCUGGUUCCUUUAGUGAAUCAAGGUCACCAGGGAACCAGGCUGCUCAAAUCUGAGAGAUCGAUGGAUACAAAGAAUCAGAGCUUGCCAGAAGCAGCAACUGCCACUGGAGCCAGCAUUGGCCGGGAACAUUGGGAGGGUGAUUGACUAAGGGCUACAGACUCGGUAUGGACUAGCUUGAGGGGAAGACCUUUGUUAGGGAGAACGAGUCCUCUGGGUAUAUUUCAAAAUGGUUACUUUUCUCCUCCUCCUGCCAGAAGCACAGGGGAUUUUUUCCUGAUCUUCGCCUUGAGAACCUACUAAGGGGUAAAACUCACGCAAGUUGUGGGGUCCCUCCUAAGGCUGGCCACCAAGAGUUUUUGAUCUCUCAAGCUAAUAAAAACCAGAGCAGCAAUUAAUAAAAAUGAAAACAGGAAAUUACAAAUAUAAAAAAUUAAAGAAGUUCCAUCACUAUUAAUCCCAUCGAUAUGAGAAGGCUAACAAAGGAAUUUUUUUUUUCAAAUGUUUUUAUUUUUAUUUUUUAUUAUAGUUUAAGUUCUAGGGUACAUGUGCACAACGUGCAGGUUUGUUACAUAUGUAGACAUGUGCCAUGUUGGUGUGCUGCACCCAGUAACGCGUCAUUUACAUUAGGUAUAUCUCCUAAUGCUAUCCCUCCCCCCUCCCCCCACCCCACGACAGGCCCCGGUGUGUGAUGUUCCCCUUCCUGUGUCCAAGUGUUCUCAUUGUUCAAUUCCCACCUAUGAGUGAGAACAUGCAGUGUUUGGUUUUCUGUCCUUGCGAUCGUUUGCUCAGAAUGAUGGUUUCCAGCUUCAUCCAUGUCCCUGCAAAAGACAUGAACUCAUCCUUUUUUAUGGCUGCAAAGUAUUCCAUGAUGUAUAUGUGCACAUUUUCUUAAUGCAGUCUAUCAUUGAUGGACAUUUGGGUUGGUUCCAAGUCUUUGCUAUUGUGAAUAGUGCCACAAUAAACAUACAUGUGCAUGUGUCUUUAUAGCAGCAUGAUUUAUAAUCCUGUGGGUAUAAGCCCAGUAAUGGGAUGGCUGGGUCAAAUGGUAUUUCUAGUUCUAGAUCCCUGAGGAAUCGCCACACUGUCUUCCACAAUGGUUGAACUAGUUUACAGUCCCACCAACAGUGUAUUUCUCCACAUCCUAUUUCUCCACAUCCUCUCCAGCACCUGUUGUUCCCUGACUUUUUAAUGAUCGCCAUUCUAACUGGUGUGAGAUGGUAUCUCAUUGUGGUUUUGAUUUGCAUCCCUCUGAUGGUCAGUGAUGAUGAGCAUUUUUUCAUGUGUCUGUUGGCUGCAUAAAUGUCUUCUUUUGAGAAGUGUCUGUUCAUAUCCUUUGCCCACUUUUUGAUAGGGUUGUUUGAUUUUUUCUUGUAAAUUUGUUUAAGUUCUUUGUAGAUUCUGUAUAUUAGCCCUUUGUCAGAUGGGUAGAUUGCGAACAUUUUCUCCCAUUCUGUGGGUUGCCUGUUCACUCUGUUAGUUUCUUUUGCUGUGCAGAAGCUCUUUCGUUUAAUUAGAUCCCAUUUGUCUAUUUUGGCUCUUGUUGCCAUUGCUUUUGGUGUUUUAGUCAUGAAGUCCUUGCCCAUGCCUAUGUCCUGAAUGGUAUUGCCUAGGUUUUCUUCUAGGGUUUUUAUGGUUUUAGGUCUAACAUUUAAGUCUUUAAUCCAUCUUGAAUUAAUUUUUCUAUAAGGUGUAAGGAAGGGAUCCAGUUUCAGCUUUCUACAUAUGGCUAGCCAGUUUUCCCAGCACCAUUUAUUAAAUAGGGAAUCCUUUCCCCAUUUCUUGUUUUUGUCAGGUUUGUCAAAGAUCAGAUGGUUGUAGAUGUGUGGUAUUAUUUCAGGGACUCUAUUCUGUUCCAUUGGUCUAUAUCUCUGUUUUGGUACCAGUACCAUGCUGUUUUGGUUACUGUAGCCUUGUAGUAUAGUUUGAAGUCAGGUAGCGUGAUGCCUCCAGCUUUGUUCUUUUUGCUUAGGAUUGUCUUGGCAAUGCGGGCUCUUUUUUGGUUCCACAUGAAGUUUAAAGUAGUUUUUUCCAAUUCUAUGAAGAAAGUCAUUGGUAGCUUGAUGGGGAUGGCAUUGAAUCUAUAAAUUACCUUGGACAGUGUGGCCAUUUUCACGAUAUUGAUUCUUCCUACCCAUGAGCAUGGAAUGUUCUUCCAUUUGUUUGUAUCCUCUUUUAUUUCACUGAGCAGUGGUUUGUAGUUCUCCUUGAAGAGGUCCUUCACAUCCCUUGUAAGUUGGAUUCCUAGGUAUUUUAUUCUCUUUGAAGCAAUUGUGAAUGGGAGUUCACUCAUGAUUUGGCUCUCUGUUUGUCUGUUGUUGGUGUAUAAGAAUGCUUGUCAUUUUUGCACAUCGAUUUUGUAUCCUGAGACUUUGCUGAAGUUGCUUAUCAGCUUGAGGAGAUUUUGGGCUGAGACAAUGGGGUUUUCCAAAUAACUUCUUCCUGGUUUAGUCUUGAGAGGGUGUAUGUGUCCAGGAAUGUAUCCAUUUCUUCUAGAUUUUCUAGUUUAUUUGUGUAGAGGUGUUUAUAGUAUUCUCUGAUGGUAGUUUGUAUUUCUGUGGGAUCGGUGGUGAUAUCCCCUUUAUCUUUUUUUUUUUUUUUUUGAGACAGAGUCUCACUGUGUGGCCCAGGUUGGAGUGCAGUGGCGCGAUCUCGGCUCACUGCAACCUCCGCCUCCCGGGUUCACGCCGUUCUCCUGCCUCAGCCUCCCGAGUAGCUGGGAAUACAGGCACCUGCCAUCACACCCGGCUAAUUUUUUUGUAUUUUUAGUAGAGAUGGGGUUUCACUGUGUUAGCCAGGAUGGUCUCAAUCUCCUGACCUCGUGAUCCGCCCGCCUCGGCCUCCCAAAGUGCUGGGAUUACAGGCGUGAGCCACUGCACCCAGCCAGCUAACAUUAUACUUGAUGGUGAGAAACUAGAUGCUUUCCCCCAAGAUCAGGAACAAGGUAAGGAUGUCCCUUCUUCCGCCACCACGAUUCAGUGUUGCACUGGAAGUCCUUUCUAAUACAAUAAUGUAAGAAAAGGAAUAAAAGGCUUGCAGAUUUGGGAAGGAAGAAAUAACACUGUCUUUGUCUUUCACAAGUGACAUAAUGGUCUCUAUAGAAAAUCCCGAAGAAACAACCAAAAAAAAAAAAAAAAUCCUGGAACUAAUUUAUAGCAAGGUUGCAGGAUACAAGUUUAAUAUACAACAGUCAAUUGGUUUUCCAUAUUCUAACAAUGAACGAGUGCAAUUUGAAAUUUAAAACAAUGUAUCAGCACUUUGGGAGGCCGAGGCAGGCAGAUCACCUGAGGUCAGGAGUUGGAAACCAGCCUGACCAACAUGGAGAAACUCCAUCUCUACUAAAAAUACAAAAUUAGCCAGGCGUGGUGUUGCAUACCUGUAAUCCCAGCUACUUGGGAGGCUGAGGCAGGAGAAUCGCUUGAACCUGGGAGGUGGAGGUUGCAGUGAGCCGAGAUCGCGUCAUUGCACUCCAGCCUGGGCAACAAGAGCAAAACUCUGUCUCAAAAAAGAAAAAAAGAAAGAAAUUUAAGACAAUGUAAUUUAUAUUAACACCCCCAAAAAAGAAAUAGUUGUAAGUCUAAAAAAUUAUGUGUAAGAUCUGUAUGAAGAGCCAGCCAUGUUGCCUCACACCUGCAAUUCCAGUACUUUUGGAGGCCAAGGCAGGCAGAUUGCUUGAGCCCAGGAGUUCAAGACCAGCCUGGGCAACAUGGUAAAAAUCCAUCUCUAUUAAAAAAAAAAAAUUAGCUGGGUGUCCCAGCUACCUGGGAGGCUGAGGUGGGAGAAUAGCUUGAGCCCGGGAGGUUGAGGCUGCAAUGAGCCGUGUGAAUGCAUCACUGCGCUCCAGCCUGGGCGAUAGAGCAAGACUAUGUCUAAAAAAAAAAAAGAGAGAGAGAGAGUUGAUGAGUUGGAACUUCAGAAAAAUUAAAAACUUCUGCUCCAUGAAGGACACUGUUAAGAGUGUGAAAACACAAGUAGACAAGUAGACAAGUCAAGACUGGGAGAAGAAGCUUUGCAAUACACAUACUCAGUAAAGGACUGAUUAUCUAGAAUGUACAAAGAACUCUUAAAACUCAACCACAAGAAAAUGAACAACCUGAUUUAAAAAUGAGCUGAUAGACACCUCACCAAAGAAGAUAUACAGAUGGCAAGUAAGCAUAUGAAAAUAUGCUCAGUGUCAUACGUCACUAGGGAAUUUAAACUAAAACAACCAUGAGAUACCACUACAAUCCUAUUAGAAUGGCAAAACAUUAGAAUAUGAACACCAAAUGCUGACUAGGAGGAGGAGCAGCAGGAACUCUUGUUCAUUGCUAGUGGGAAUGCAAAAGGUUUAGACACUUUGCAGGAAUGUUUGCAAUUUCAUAAAAAGCAAGAUGGUUUCACUACGCAAUCAGCAACCUUGUGGCUAUGUAUUUACCCAAUUAAGUUGGAAACAUGUCCUCAGAAAAACCUGCGCAUAGAUGUUUAUAGCAGCAUUAUUCAUAAUCAACCUAAACUGGAAGCAAGCAAGACAUCCUUCUAACGGAUCAACUUGUGGUACAUUCAUCCAAUGGAAUGCUCUUCAGUGAUAAAAGGAAA